AAGCGAGAAGGGAGAGGCAGGAGCAGAGAAGGGAGAGAGGGAGGGGGAGGAGGAGGUGAGAGAAGCAGGAUGGAGGUAUGGAGUUAGGUGGCUUGGGAGAGCGUAAUGAAAAGAGAACGAAGAGGGGGGUGUGGAUCAGAAACCCAGAGGUAACCCGAGGGAGAAGCAGAAGGGAGAGAGGAGUAGGAAGAUCGGGAGGUAGAGGGAGAAGGAGGCUUCGGGAAAAGAGCAGAGGAAGGGGAGGCAUAGAGAGGCAGGAGAGGAGAGCGGGGUGGGGGAGUGGGGGCGUCUCAGUCCCCGGCUGCCUCAGUAAUUGGGGAACUGGGACUCCCUGUGGGUAGGAGAGGAAGGCUGGAAGUCCGGGUGGGGUCGGGGUUCCACAAAGAGAGGAAGAAGCUGAGAGAGGGCGGGCCAGGGCAUUGGGAAGGGGUCGCCCCGAGGCCUCCCGGGGAUGGGGGUUGCAGCUCGUCUGAACGCCCCUCGAGCGCUGCUACUCUGGGCCGCACUGGGGGCGGCAGCUCACAUCGGACCCGCACCUGACCCCGACGACUGGUGGAGCUACAAGGAUAAUCUCCAGGGAAACUUCGUGCCAGGGCCUCCCUUCUGGGGCCUGGUGAACGCAGCCUGGAGUCUGUGUGCUGUGGGGAAGCGACAGAGCCCCGUGGAUGUGGAGCUGAAGAGGGUCCUUUAUGACCCCUUUCUGCCCCCGCUGAGACUCAGCACAGGCGGAGAGAAGCUCCGGGGAACCCUGUACAACACCGGUCGCCAUGUCUCCUUCCUGCCUGCGCCCCGGCCUGUGGUCAAUGUGUCUGGGGGGCCCCUCCUUUAUAGCCACCGACUCAGUGAACUGCGGCUGCUAUUUGGAGCGCGUGACGGAGCUGGCUCUGAACACCAGAUCAACCACCAGGGUUUCUCUGCUGAGGUGCAGCUCAUCCACUUCAACCAAGAACUCUAUGGGAACCUCAGCACAGCCUCCCGGGGCCCCAAUGGCCUGGCCAUUCUCAGUCUCUUUGUCAAUGUGGCUGGUAGCUCAAACCCGUUCCUUAGCCGCCUCCUUAACCGUGACACCAUCACCCGCAUCUCCUACAAGAAUGAUGCCUACUUUCUUCAAGACCUGAGCCUGGAGCUCCUGUUCCCCGAAUCCUUUGGCUUCAUCACCUAUCAGGGCUCUCUCAGCACCCCACCCUGCUCGGAGACUGUUACCUGGAUCCUCAUUGAUAGGGCCCUAAAUAUCACCUCCCUCCAGAUGCACUCCCUGAGACUCCUGAGCCAGAAUCCUCCGUCCCAGAUCUUCCAGAGCCUCAGCGGUAACGGCCGGCCCCUGCAGCCCUUGGCCCACAGGGCCUUGAGGGGCAACAGGGACCCCCGGCACCCCGAGAGGCGCUGCCGAGGCCCCAACUACCGCCUGCAUGGUAUGAUCCAGUCUGCACCCCCUCCACGUCUUGGUCUAACCCGCCUAUGUGUCUCCCCUUGGUGUCUUAAUAUGAUACAGUCCUACCCCCCUCUGCUGCUCUGUAUGAUCCAGCCUCUUGAGCUCUCACUCGCUCUUUCUCCCUUCCCCCUUUGUGUCAAAGUGGUACAGCCCACCUCCCGGUCAUAGACCAUUGCUGAUCCAUGAUUUGUCUUCUUCGCUGCUUGCAACUUGGUGUAUAACCCGAGCCCCCUGGUUUCCUAAUGGUACGAUCAAGUACUGGUCCGUGGUGCCUAUUACUAUGGCUUUCCGAAAUGGUACAGCCCGAAUCCUUUUCCCUGUUUUCAUGUGGUACAACCCACCUCCCUUACUGAGAAACAACAUGGUACAAUCCCCUUUCCCCCCCCACUGCCUCCUCGUGGUUCAGCCCAGUGAUCUAACGUCUACCUCUCUGGCUUCUCAACAUGGUACAGCCCAUACCCCCCCCACCAUGAAUACCUUCACGUAGUUCCACCUAAUGCUGAAACCGGAUGUCCCUAUUCCACCCUCCUGCUGCCUCCCUAUGGUUCAGCCCAGUGCAAUAUAACUGACCAUUUCCCCCAGCUUCUCAACCUGGUACAUUCCGGCUCCCCCUUCGCAGCCCUCCCUGUGGUAGAGCCCCGGGCGGCCCACCCUACCAUCCCCGCCCCCUGCAUGCUCCCUUCAGGGUCCAU